UCCCUUUUCUCCCCCAACACGGCUCCGUGCAGCCCUGGGGCAUCCUGGGGAAACGGGACGCCCCGCCCUAAGGCAUUGUGGGAGUCGGUCUGCUAGUCGUUAUGGGCCUGGUGCAUUCUGGGAAGGAUUAUUGUAGCUCCUUUUGGGAAACCGGCCCCUUUUGUCACACACCUUCCGCUCAGCAUCUUGGACGCUUGGAGUGCUUCGACGCAGAGCACCUUGAAAGGCGGUCAUUAUAGGCCCAAGGCAUCCUGGGAAGAAUUGCCGCAGGGCAUUGUGGGAACUGGUCCUUAUUGUCUGUUCAUCCCGCUCUCUUUGCUGACAUCCUGCAUUGGAGAACUUGUGGCUGAGGUGUGGCUGUGGAGAGCUGGCCGGGGAGGGACACUGCCUAGCUGCUCCUCUGCUCCUGUCUCCUGUCUCCUCCCCUGGCCAUGACAGAGACCCGUGAGCCAGCUGAGACUGGGGGCUAUGCCAGCUUGGAAGAAGACGAUGAGGACCUCUCUCCAGGCCCUGAGCAUUCCUCUGACUCUGAAUACACUCUCUCAGAGCCAGACUCCGAAGAGGAAGAAGAUGAGGAGGAGGAGGAGGAGGAGGCCACUGACGAUCCUGAAUAUGACCCUGGCUACAAGGUGAAGCAACGCCUGGGGGGGGGCCGGGGGGGCCCGUCCCGCCGGGCCCCCCGUGCAGCCCAGCCCCCGGGCCCCCCAGCCCAGCCCUGCCAGCUCUGUGGCCGCUCACCCCUUGGGGAGGCCCCACCAGGCACCCCACCUUGCCGGCUCUGCUGCCCUGCUACAGCCCCCCAGGAAGCUCCAGCCCCUGAAGGCAGGGCCCUCGGGGAGGAAGAGGAGGAGCCGCCUCGGGCUGGGGAGGGUCGACCAGCUGGGAGGGAGGAGGAGGAGGAAGAUGAGGAGGAGGAGGGCACCUAUCACUGUACGGAGUGUGAGGAUUCCUUCGACAACCUCGGGGAGCUGCACGGGCACUUCAUGCUGCAUGCCCGGGGCGAGGUGUAGGCAGAGCCCCCCACCCAGGGAGCUUGGCUAAAGGGGUGGGGUGGGAGGAGGGGGCUGAGGAAAUUGGGGUGGUCGCAAUGGUCAUGUGGGACGGGGUACCGCCGAUCUGUGUCGUCUUAGCAGUAGAUGUGUGAAGGCCAGAAUAAAAGCCAAAUUCUGUGUG